GUGUAUCAAUAUCUUCGGGAAAAGAUAACCUCGUUAGGCUGAAGUAGAAUGAACACUAUCACAGAACUCUUGAUACAGUUUUCACGUCAAUAGUAUCAGCAAAGUCACCUUCUUCUGGUCGUGCUUACUAGUGUCAGCUAUCGAACCAACACAGGACCUCCACCUCGAAGCGUAUCGGUACGCGUCGCCUGCUGCCCCUUCACGUAGUAGAAAUACCUUUCUCAUCCUAUUACAAUGAAAAAUGCCCCCAUUCCCGAACGUGAACGCAUUUGUAUUGCAAACCUUUCCAAAUGAAUAAUGAAACAUUCGCCCUCUUUCAUCUAUCAGCAUCACAGGUUUCCAAUCGUGAGUAGCAAAAAUUUGUAUUGCAAAAGGCCCCAGCACGAGCGGCGCUUGUCAUGCAAGCGAUGCGAUACACGCCUAGACUCUGCAUCAGAAAGAUCCAUACUCCUUCCAUGCAUGACAGAAAGUUUUCAUCUGGAAACUUCGCAUCACAAAUUUUGCAAUUUCAGGGGUGGGGGGCACUUUUCACUGCAAUACAUCCCCGUUUGUUUUAUUCGAGCACUCUUUUCCAAGCACUUCUCUUUUCAAAUGUUCUGUAUCUACUGUAGCAAUAGCUGGGCAAGACCAAAAGCACAAAUCAAUUUCAUUGAACAACUUCCCCUCCCAUUCCAUUUCAACCCGGCACAGCACUAAAGCCACUGUUCGUAUACUUGUUCCGGCGCUAUAAUUUCGUGUCCACUUCCUCUUCCGCGUGAAGGUGGUCCGAAAAGGCGUUACUGGGCGUGAAAACGGCUUAGAAGUUGUGCCCGCUGCAAGGAGAGGACCACUACAUCGGGUUCGUUUGUCAUUCCAGCGCCAGGGGCCGAAGGGUAUUAAAUGCAAAAAUGUCUGGGUCUGGGGGAUUCCGAGAUUUGUUAUGCAGUUUUUCCAAGCUCCCCCUUCCCCACGUGCACGUCUGGAAUGCAGGGCCUAGCAUCACAGGUUCUGCAGCUCCUUGGUGAUGCGUAUUCUGCAUGAGAAAUGCCCUCUCAGCAUGGCCAGAAGUGGGCACCUUUUGCACGUUAUGCAUCACAGAUCUUUGUAGGAUCCGAAACACGCAUCACAAGUUCGGAUCCUUCCAGACCCAGACAUUUUUGCAUUUGAUAAAGGGUUCGCCAAAACCAUGACGCUGACCCGGCAAGUAUCCUGAGCGAAAAUGUACCCACCCCAGAGUUGUCAUGCAGAUUUGCAGCUACGUACAGGAAGAUUUGUAAUGCGCAUAUACAUGAGAGGCAUUUCCAAUCACGUUUUGCGCUUUGCAAUGCUGUCGACAGGAUGAGUAGAUGGAUUUGUGUUGCGGCUGUGCUUGCUAAACUGCACUACAAUACCUAGACGAACUUGUCAUGCUGGACCCCAAAAACUUCUCGAUUUGUGUUGCGAGAUCCUCAUCUUGACUCUGGUGAUGUGGGGACGUUUUUACACAGGAUAGCAAGGUAGUACCGGCUUCUCCAUGGCCAAAACACAGCAGAACUACGCGAAAGACCACCAGAACAAACUCACCAAAGCCUCUGCCAAGCCGCCCAAUCCGUUGUUCGAGUCCAACUGCGGAAGGGACGUCAUUCGCGACACCGAGCUCCUCGUUGAGUACGUGAUUGACUGCUACCGUUGUGCGCUGCGACUGGUGAAGAGGCAGGAAAUAAACAAUCACCAGUUCGAACAAGAUACUAGUACAGGUCGUGGCAGUUCAACUUCACCACCUGAAAGAACUUAUUUGUUGAAGCACAUCGACGUGAACCGGUUGGUUUUUAGUUUCCUGCUGCACGAAGAGAUCCCCUAUGAACUGCAAAAGUAUCGUAUUCGUAUAAAUGCAUUACAAAUUUCCUCAGCAUGAGAAAGAAGAUUUGUAAUGCUGAUUUACCUCAAGAAAAAGAUUUGUAAUGCAUGACUGCAGUACGAGUGCGAUACUUUUGCACAGGAUAUCCCCAGUCUGGACGCAAAUCGCGACUUCUGGCCGGACGUGCUGGAAAACUUCAGCUACCUGACUAUGGGGUUCUCAAACGUUACAUUCUCAACUGUUACAUGAAUUUGUCAUGCAAAAACACCAUCACCAUCCUCACGAUCAAGCUGCUCCGCAUGACAAAUUUGCGAAGGGCUCAGCCGCACCUAAAUCUGCGCCGAACUUGUAAUGCAAAAGGCGCAAACUUCCUCCUUUCACUUUUGCCAGUCUUGCAUUACAAAUUCAUGUAACUACAGUUGAGAAUGUAACAUUUGAGAACUCCAUACUGACCAACGCGGUCCCGGACGAACUCGAGUUAUUGAAACUGCCGGACAGCAAUCUGCGAAGGUUGCAGGGCAGCAGUCCGCGGUCGAGCCCAGCGGCGACUAGAACGGAGGGCUUCUUCAAGCCUGCACCUGAAGACCAUGCCGCAGGACUUGUAACGCAGCAGGGGGCCUCCACCGCGGUUGAAGCAGAAGCAGAAGCACCAGGUCCAGCACACGACGACGACGACCCUUCCCCUGCUUUAGUACUUCCGCCAAACCUGCCGGACCAAAUUAGCCAAGCUCAAUUGCAGCAAGCAGCGCUUCAGCUGGAGCAGCGAGAGAAGCUGCUGAGCUACGAGUUAGAUGACGACGGAGACGAGAUGAAAAACGACGACAACCUAUCCUGUGUAAAAACGUUCCCACCCCAGAGUUGUCAUGCAAAUCUGCAUGCUGAAAAUGUUUCUCAUGCGGAACCCCAUGAGAUUGAGAAGCGUUUUCCAGUCGUGUUUUGGAAUUUGUCAUGCUCCAAUCAGCAUGAUAUAGAUAUACUAGAUGUGUGAUGCUGCUGAGCUAGCUCAAACAGCACUACACUACGAGUCCAAAUUUGUCAUGCAAAACAGCCAAAACUUGUGGAUUUGAAUUUGUCUAGCCGAGUCCCCAUCUUGUUCUUGACUAUGGCGUGAGGACGUUUUUACAUAGGAUACAACCACAACUCGGAGCUUCUUCUACCCCAAAACUUACUGAAGACCAACGUGCCACGCCUCCGCUUCUACAACACAAAUGCCUUUUCCGCGGAGCAGAAGAUCAAGAAUUUGUUCGGCCGAAGGAAAAUGGACGUGUGGUGGCUUUUGAUCGGAGAUAAGCCGAUGAAGUAUAAUAACAGUGCUAGUAGUAGUACAACUGGUAGAAGUUGUGCUGCUACUGGUACUGCCUUGUCUUCUCCUCCUCCGACGACAGACAUGGGUCAACGUCACGGAAUGGACAACGACUCCGGUAAUUAUAGCAAAAAGGAUGCAGCAAUGAGAACGUCGGAUAAAACUCCUUCUUCUAGUACCCCCGCGACCACCGGCGGCAUCCAUUCCUUCCUCGUAAUUCACUGCCGGAACGGGUUCUCUUUACUGCAGGCCUGGCCGGGAAAGUUCGCUUUUCAGGAAUGGAUUGACUUCGAGGACCGACUGGAGUUUCAGAUAGCGGAACAAGGGGACGAAGCAGCUGGGCGUCCAACAGACACCGGCAACGAGGAAGGAGGCCUUUUGGCACGACAAGAUGGAGAAGUAUACAAUGCAAAAGGAUCGUACUAGUAUAAAUCGCAUGACAAAUCCCCUCAGCAUGAUGAAUAAAAUUUGUGAUGCGGAUUUCCCUCAAGAAAAAGAUUUGUAAUGCGUGACUGCGAUUACUACGAGUGCGAUACUUUUGCACAGGAUAAGAAGAAAAUCUUGUCGAUGCAUCGCUCGACCGGCCUAUCGGGGAGAAGAAGCGGUCGGCCAAAGAUUAUGCGGUGCAAAUAUCCCUGGGCCCGGAAGAAUGCAAGCAUGUGAUGCUGCGUUUGGAUGCUAUGAAAAAAUUGUAUUGCGUGACCAGCGAGAGGAGUCCAGCUCCAGUUUGUGCUCCGUGGACGAGAGGGCAUUUCUCAUGCGGAACAGGCAUCUUCAGGAAGCUCUCUAAAAAUCUGUGACGCUAGACCACGCAUUACAGGCGUCAUGGGUCAUGCAAAAGAUGCAUGACAAACCCGGCCAUCUUCCAGACCCAGACAUAAGUAUUUGCGUUCCAUAAAGAUCACCGCUGGUUCAAAAGGUUCAAGAACGCCAUGGCAGGGAAGGUUUUCACGUUUGACCGCUUUUUCGCGUUGCUUUUUAUGUUCGUGUAUCCUGUGCAAAAGUAUCGUACUCGUAUUGCAAUCAUGCAUUACCAAUCUUUUUGUUAAGUCAAAUCCGCAUUACAAAUUUUAUCUCUCAUGCUGAGGAAAUGUGUAAUGCAUUUAUACGAGUACGAUACUUUUGCAAUCCAUAUCGUGUCCGAAAUUCUGGCUCCGGUGAAGGUGUCGUUUCCGGAAAUCAUCGUCGCGAAAAAGAUCAAAACGGAGUUCAAACUCCGGAGAUUGCCCUUGGAGUAAAGCUGCAAAUUUUCUAUUAACGAGGGGAAGCUGCAAAUUUUCUAUUAAUUGGGUAACUCUCAAACUCAAUCAUGGGGGCGUAAAGGUUUGGCUUUGGUCCAGAUAAGUGGAGCAAGGCUGAAAGGUCGACAAAAAUCUUUGACAGGACGGUAUUUUCGCUUCACAGAUCAUGUCGCGAAACUGAGUUCGAAUUUCCUUUUUUUCUGCACAUGAUAACUCGUACUCGCACUUUUGUUUUCGUUUCUAGAUCAUACAUUCUAACUCGCAACUUGAUGCACGACCUUUUAUUUUCUGUCCAGGAUCAUUCGCGACUUGAUGCAUACCUCCUUCUCUCACUCUCCAGGACGACCACUACAACAAUAAAGAGGCUGCCAUCAAUGUUAAAAGUCGGAAAGCAAAAGCAUAAGCAAUUGUAAUUCGACUCAUCCUGCCUGUGAUCCCGUGAUGAGAACAAAUAGUAACAUUUCACACGACACGGGGCAGUAGUGGCUGCCAUAUGGAAAAACUGAAAUCCAGUUGGGCGA